AGCAAAAAGCCAGAGCCAGAGAAGUUCAGCCUUCGUAAAAGCCCAGAGGCUGGAGCAGGAGUCCGCCUGACCAUGACAGCGGGGUCCAGCUGAUAGCUUCCAGGGAUAGCUUCAGCAUCAGUCCUCCUCCAACAUCUGGCACAUAUAGAGGAGCAUGAUAUUUGGGACCAUGUAAAGCCUGUCUGUUCCUCUCCGUAGACCGGCAAUGAUGUGGGAGACAAAGCCACAAAUGAUCUGGAAUGUUGCUUUACCAGCUAAAGGCCCCAAGUUGGAUUUCAACAAUCUUCAGGAGAUGGUAGAACUUUGUAUGUUCCUUUCUUGAAUGGUUUCUGAAGAAAAGACAAGGAAAAGGAAGAGAUGAUGUCCCUGACUAUUUGACCAGACCACAAGCCCAUCCUGAAGAUGUAUUCUACAAACCCGGGCAGCUGGGUCACCUUUGACGAUGACUCUACUUUUCAAUCUUCUCAGAAGAGAAAGGAUUUUUCUCUGGAGACUCAAGGUGUUUGCAGACCAAAUGGACUGAAGCUGACCCUUCCUGGCCUCAGGGACUCUCCCAGCACCCCCUCCUCUACCAGCAGCACCCCGCUGUCCUCUCCUAUGGUGGACUUUUACUUCAGUCCAGGACCCCCAAGCAACUCCCCUCUCUCAACACCAACCAAAGACUUCCCGGGGUUCCCUGGCAUUCCUAAAGUAGGGACGCAUGUGCUUUAUCCUAUUCCAGAAUGUUCUUCAAACAGUCCCCGGACAACAGCGGGAGAAGUGGGUCCCCCAUUAUCACUUACUAAGCCAACCUGCUCACCCCACGUGUCAUUACCCAGUGAUCACUCACACGCUCAGCCGGCUCCCACACUCGGUCUUACAGAAGACGGCAGCCCUCAGCGCGUCCGAAGCGUGGCUCGGCAAUUCGAGUAUUUUCAGGAUGAUUGUGCUUUUUCCAACCCAUUUUGGAAAGAUGAAGGUGGCGCUUCCCAGUCCUCCCUUGACUCCCUGGCAAGCAGAAAGCUGUUCUCACCAAAGGACAAGGACAUACCUAGUGAUCAAAGAGGCCUAAACCAGUGCUCACUGAACUACCUCUGUGAGAAGCUUGAACACCUGCAGUCAGCUGAGACCCAAGACCCUCUUGGAAACUUGUCUAUGCAGAAUCCGUAUGCCGGAGACACAGUCUCUUUUGUCCCACAUUCCCUCUUCCGGAGUCAGCCCAGAGCUGGAUGGCCCUUCAUGUUGCGGAUUCCGGAGAAGAAGAACAUGAUGUCUUCCAGGCAGUGGGGUCCCAUUUUCCUAAAGGUUCUUCCAGGAGGGGUUCUGCAGAUGUUUUAUGAGAAGGGGCUAGAAAAGCCAUUCAGAGAGUUCCAGCUCGACCCACAUUGCAGACUUUCUGAGCCCAAACUUGAGAACUUCAGCAUGGCUGGAAAAAUCCACACUGUGAAGGUGGAACAUGUGUCUUACUCAGAGAAAAGGAAAUACCAUUCCAAGACAGAGGUGGCUCACGAGCCCGAAGCAGAGCAGAUGCUGAAGUUGGGAUCCACGGAACACCGUGACUUCCUUGAGUUUCUGACUACUGUAGAAGAGGAGCUAGUAAAGCUGCCAGCUACUGCAAAACUCAAGAGCAAAAACUAUGAGGAACAGGAAAUUUGCCUGGACAUUCUGGACAGCUUCUGGGGAAAAGUAACCAAAGAAGAGGGGAAGCUGGUGGAAAGUGCUGUGGUAACGCAGAUCUGGUGCCUCUGCUUCCUAAACGGGCCAACAGAAUGUUUCUUAGCCUUAAAUGACCUCGAGCUCCAGAAACGCGAUGAAUGCUAUUUUGAGAAAGAACCGGAAAAAAGGGGGAUUGAUAUCCUUAACUACCAUUUCCAUACAUGUGUAAAAGCUGAAGAAUUUGAACAGUCCAGAAUCAUUAAGUUCGUCCCUCUGGAUGCUUGCCGGUUUGAGCUGAUGCGUUUCAAAACCUCAUAUGAAGGGGAUGAGCUUCCCUUUGCAGUGAAGUCCAUAGUAACUGUCCAGGGGGCCUAUGUGGAGCUGCAGGCCUUUGUCAACAUGACUCCAGCAGCUCAGAGGUCACCCCAUGCGGGUUCCUUGAGGAGCUGUAACAAUAUCAUGAUUCAUUUUCCGGUCCCAGACCAGUGGAUCAAGGCCCUCUGGACCAGGAACCUUCAGAGGCAAAAGUCCCUGAAAGCCAAAAUGAACCGUCGGGCGUGUCUGGGGAGUUUACAGGAGCCUGAAUCUGAACCUGUCAUUCAGGUCACUGUGGGGUCAGCAAAAUAUGAGAGUGCCUACCGGGCUGUGGUGUGGAAGAUAGAUCGACUUCCGGACAAAAACUCAAGUCCCGAUCAGCCCCAUUGUCUAUCAUACAAACUAGAACUUGGAUCAGAUCAGGAGGUUCCCUCAGAUUGGUAUCCAUUUGCUACUGUCCAGUUUUCCAUGUCUGAUGCCUGUGCCUCAAGAACAGAGGUGAGGUCUCUGGGAGUGGAGAGUGAUGCCCAGCCGCAGAAGUAUGUGUGUCAGCGAGCUUGCUACAACAUCCAGGUUGAAAUAGAAAAGAAGUGGAUUCAAGUAGAUGGAGAAGACCCAGAUACAGCUGGUGGCUGUGUGACUCAGUAAACAAUGACACCCCUUGGUCAAACACAGAACCUACACACGGGGCAAGAAGUUCUGCUACUGAAUGGUGGGAUUGAGUAGCAAGCAGCCUUAGGUCAGAGAUCCAGUGGCGAGUCCCAAAGCAGACCAUCUGCAUGGCACUCUUCUGAUGCUCUGGAGUGUGUCCAUGACACAUACCAGUUACAUCUUGUUGAAACCUGGAGGCACUACUAUCUGAUGUGAGACCUGCUGGCCAGUUUGGCUGAAGGGUGUCUGGGUUUGGAUUACUCAGUGACUUUGUUUUAUAAUCUGAGUUACGUAAUUCCACAUCUCUUCUUGCUUUCUGUGUGGAAUGGUUCAAAAGAAUGAGAAGUUAGGAGGUAUGACUUUGUUGGAGGAAGUGUGUCACUGGGGGUGGGCUUUGAGGUUGUAAAAGCCCAAGCCAGGCCUAGUCUGUCUGUCUGUCUGUCUGUCUGUCUGUCUGUCUGUCUGUCUGUCUCCCUUUAGAUCAGGACGUAGCUCUCAGCUACUGCUCCAGCAUCAUGAGUGCUGUGAAGCUCUUCCCAUACCCCUACUAUGAUAUAAUGUACUAACCCUCUGAAAAUGUAAGCAAGCCAGUAAGCAGCACUCCUCUAUGGCCUCUGUAUCAGCUCCUGCCUCCAGGUUCCUGCCCUGUCUGAGUUCCUGUCCUGACUUCCUUUGAUGAUGCACGGUGAUGUGGAAGUGUGAGCCUUUCCUUCCAGGCUUAUUUUUGUCGCAGUGUUUCAUCACAACAACAAUAUCCCUUACUAGGACUGUUAGCUGAGAGUAUGUACAAAGUGAACGAAAAUGUAUAAUUCUAGCUAUGUCUCUACAAGGAGACAGUUGAAGUGCAGAGUCAGAGAAGUGGCUUGCCAGUCCAGGGUCUAGUGAGGUGCUAGCAGCUGUUAACUCCACCUACUGCUACUUUUACUACUUACCAGGAUAAGUCAGAAUCCUAAACUUUAUGAAACUAAUGUUUUGAGGAUUUUAUUUGGUUGGAUAAAGACUCCUUCAUGUUGUGUUAAUGUGCAUUUGAUUCAUGCUGAGCUUUAUAUGUGACACAAGUCUUUCUUCCUCACACACUAGGUUUUUUUCUGAGUCAAAAAGUUAUACGCAGCUGUUCUAAACCACAUUUGCUUGUUGGCCUACAGAAUUUAUUUCAUGCAUUUAUAUUUUGUUGAUUAAUUUUCAUCUAUUCAGAUAGAUUAAAACAAGCACUCAUGAUAUUUUGUACCAAUCAGACUUUAUUGCUCUCAUUAUUUUACAGUAAAGGCACAGAAAACAAAAGUUAGUGAUAAGAAUGGAUUAUAUUGCCCUAGUGUGAUAUGUCACUCGUAAUAUUUGCUUGAAGCCCAUUGUUGGUGUAUAGCACACUUAUGUAUGUCAGUGUGUAUUUGAUAAAAAAGCCACCAUCAUUCCUUAUGUUCUGAAGCAGGCAUACUUCACUUUAGUCUGCUUGAAACAAACACGGAGACUGGGAAACCCCAGGGACGUUAGCAGGGUUAAUCAUACCUUCUCUGAAGUAUUUUAUGGCCUCCUGCCUAUAAAGAACUCACAGUGGAUGCAUAUGAACUUAAUGCAUAUUCAUAUCACAACAGAAAAACAGCAGAGGCAGAUCCAAGGCAUUAUUUUUCCUGCCCCAAAGAUUGGCUAAUAUGUGUGGGUCACACUGCUGAGGUCUUUCAUAAAUCACAGUCAAUCAGACUUUGGGGUUUCUCCCAAGCUUCAGUAUUAAGGCCGGAGGAACAGCAGACGGACACAAGCUCAAACUGAGUUUCUGGAGCAACGUUGACAGCAUUAACUGUGGGGCACAACUGCAUACUUGUUAAUUUGUACAUCUAUCAGGGCCUCAAAUAUCCACUACUUAGUGUUAAGUCAACAUUAGGGAUGGAGGCUUUUAAAUGCACUCCUUCUGACCUUAGAAAUGGCAGGAAGUCAAAUGUGACUUCCAAGCCCUGCCUGAAAACUUACUGGGACAGUGUAAGAGGUAAAAUCUCUCCCCAGAAGCCAGCAGUGCUCCUCAAAAUCCCUGCUUUUAAACGAGCCCAGGAGGGAAUUCAAGAAGAAACACUUGUCUUCAACAUUUUAUUUUGGGUAACGUUUUUACCUUGUGUGACCACUUUGGAAUCUGUAGUCAACUAAGGACGUCAUCAGUUUAUAACUCAUCUUUCUGCCUUCACUUCCCUGGUCUGGUCAUUUGGGCAGCACGGGACCACAUUAACUGUGCUAAUGAGAGCAUGGGUGGAUAGUGACAUGAUCAGUUAUGUAGGACUGAGCGUAAGAACACUUUCCAUGUCUGCGGGAAUGGCUGUUUAUCAAUUACAAAAGACAUGAAGGUCACACACUCUCCAGCUCGCCUUUAGGUCUGGUCUGUGUAUCAGAGAACUGCAGUUGCUUUUCAUUCAGGAGCCAGUUUCCUACAACUUCAGUUAGACGUUUUUCUUAACAAUGACUGUUACAAUGUUUCCUUAACAAUGGUUGUUACAAUGUUUUACUCAGAACAUGACUUCCUGACCUAUUGUUACAAACACAGAACAGACUGAACUUGAUAAUCGUGUAACAAAGUAUUUUGUAGAUUACGUAUUGAUUUUUACAAAAUUAAAGAUGUAUUUCAAAUGGC